UUUGAUUGGCGAUUGGCGAUUGGCGAAGUUCUUCGGUCUCUAACAUUCUCAAAUUCCACAAAAAAAUUCAAGGGUAAGGAGACCGACGAACAAGCAGCGAUUUCUGGGUUCCGCCGUCGAUCUGAUUUCGAACCCUAUUUCUCUGAUCUUUAUCCCCUUGUCGAUCGCAAACCCUUUUGUUUUCUCAAGAUCAUGGCUUCGAAGCGUAUCUUGAAGGAACUCAAGGAUUUACAGAAGGAUCCGCCCACGUCUUGCAGCGCUGGUCCUGUAGCUGAAGACAUGUUCCAUUGGCAAGCGACCAUUAUGGGACCAUCUGAUAGUCCUUAUUCAGGAGGUGUUUUUCUUGUCAAUAUUCAUUUUCCGCCAGAUUAUCCUUUCAAGCCCCCCAAGGUUGCUUUUAGGACCAAAGUGUUUCAUCCAAAUAUCAAUAGCAAUGGAAGCAUUUGUCUCGACAUACUUAAAGAACAGUGGAGCCCUGCGCUUACGAUUUCAAAGGUCCUACUCUCCAUAUGCUCAUUGCUGACCGAUCCAAACCCAGACGACCCUCUCGUACCGGAGAUUGCACACAUGUACAAGACUGACCGAGCCAAGUACGAAGCGAGUGCAAGGAGCUGGACUCAGAAGUAUGCGAUGGGUUGAGACGUUUUUGUAGCGUACCGUUGAUGAUGGAUGGUUCUGGUGUGGUAUGUUGGGCAUAGCUUCGUGUUGUAUUUCUUCGUUUCUUCCAGUUAUUUGGGCUGUGUAGUAGUUUAAACCAAAAAAGGAAAAAAAAAAGAAAUGAAGUCUUCUGAUGUUUUUCACUUUACCACUGAAAUUUAUGAAUGAAAGAUGUAAGCAGGUUGGUGUCAAAUUAGAUAGUGAAAUUCAUUGUUAA